AUGUUCCUGGGCUGUUGUAGCUUCAAUGUCACGCCUUAUGUACUUGCAAACACAAGAAGUAGAGAUAAAAAUAGAAGAGGGCUUUGUUGCAAAGCAGCAACUCCACAAAUCUAUGCCAGUAGCGAAGAGUACAACGAGAACAACAAAAAGAAGGUAGUCAUUGUUGGCACAGGCUGGGCUGGUCUUGGUGCUGCUUACCACCUCUGCAACCAGGGAUUUGACGUUACUGUUAUUGGAGAUGGGUAUGAUUUUGGUGAUCCUGAUGAUGUUGGCAUCCAUGGUACAGAAAUGAUCAUGAUAUUGAUGAUUGCUUGCAGUCAGGGUCUAAUCAGAUUGGCUAAACAGGAAAUCUCUUACAUCAUGGAUGGACUGGAGCUUCUCAAACAGUCUGGCUUCUCAGAAAGACUUUAUCAGGAUGUUUUUGGUACAUUACUUCAAGUGGGUUUGUCUGCUCCACUAGAGCAAUGCAGUGCGGCUGCCGCUCUCGGAAUGCUACAUUUCAUGGCCAUUUCGCAUCAGGGAGAUUUCGAUGUGGUAUGGUGUCGUGGAUCGGUCAAAGAAAAAAUUUUCAAUCCAUGGAUUGAGUUGAUGAGGAGUAAAGACUGUCAAUUUGUGGACAGUAAAAAAGUGACAGACUUCUUCUUUAACGAGGAAACAGGUCGCAUUUCGGAUGUGAUCUGUGACAAUGAGACAUAUAGGGCUGAUGCAGUUAUUUUGGCUGUUGGAAUUUCCACGGUUCAGGAACUGACUAAGAAUAGCGCAGCAUUAUGUACAAGGGAGGAGUUUCUGAAGGUCUUAAACCUGGCUGGCGGUGAUUUGGUAUCCACUAAGCUUUGGCUUGACAAGAAGAUCAGGAUUCCAUUUGCAAGGAAUGCUUGCUCUUCAUUUGAUGAUUCAUCUGGGUGGACUUUCUUUGACUUGAACGAACUUUUCGACGAGCAUAAGAGCAGUCCUGUAACAAUUGUGCAAGCUGAUUUUUAUCAUGGCAAUGAGUUGCUACCGCUUAAAGACGAAUAUAUAGCAACAAAAGUAAUGUCAUAUCUUUCUAAGUGUGUUAAGGACUUUGAGACAGCUCAAGUGACCAAUACAGAGAUUGCCAGAUUUCCAAAAUCCUUGACUCGUUUCUUUCCAGGUUCGUACAAAUACAUGAUGCGCGGAUCUACAUCUUUCCCAAACUUGUUCAUGGCUGGCGAUUGGAUAAUAACGCAGCACGGAUCAUGGUCACAGGAAAAAUCUUACGUGACUGGACUUGAAGCUGCCAACCGGGUGGUGGACUUUCUCGGUGAAGGAAACUUAGCUAAAAUAAUUCCAGUUGAGGAAGAUGAGCCUCAUAUCCAAGCACUCCGUAACCUCAACAGAAAUUUUAAGGAGUUCAACUCUCGAUUUCCACUGUCUAAUUAUCUCCUCCAUUGA